AUGGCGUCCAGGGCCACUCUGAAAAGGACUCUGGAUUUCGACCCGCAGCUGAGCCCGGCGUCCCGGAAGCGCCGGCGAUGUGCGCCCACCUCGGCCGCCGCCGCCUCGCCGCUGAAGCACCUCCGAAUGGAGCCGUCCCCCUUCGGCGACGUCUCGUCCCGCCUCACCACAGAACAAAUUCUGUGCAACGUAAAACAAGAGUAUCAACGCAUGCAGAAGAGAAGACAUUUAGAAACUAGUUUUCAACAGACGGAUCCACGUUGUACUUCGGAUGCACAGCCACAUGCAUUUCUCCUCAGUGGACCAGCUUUGCCAGGGACUUCACCUGCAACAUCCUCACCUUUAAAGCAAGAACAGCCCUUAUUCACCCUACAGCAAGUUGGGGUGAUCUGUCAGCGCUUGUUGAACGAACGUGAAGAGAAAGUUCGAGAAGAGUAUGAAGAAAUACUGAACACAAAACUUGCAGAACAAUAUGAUGCAUUUGUGAAGUUUACGCAUGAUCAGAUAAUGCGAAGAUACGGAGAACAGCCUGCUAGUUAUAUUUCAUGAAU